AUGGACACUGAAGAAGACUCUUCUGAAGUUGGCCAGGAGAGUCUUGGCUACUCCUAUGGGCAGCAACAAGACUUCAUGGAAGAGGGAGAGGAAAAUAAUGAGCCUCAACAUCGCCAAUAUUGGUCUGCUUCACAGCAGCAGCGCGGUUCAACGCGGCAGAACAAUGAUUAUAUGAGCAACAUGUUCCUCGACUAUGAGAAUGGCUACAUAUCUGACAGCAAUGCUGAUGAGCCUCCAAGGGUUUUUGAAGAAGGCGAUUCGGAUAUGUUUGUCCAGCAAGAAGAGGAGCAACCGAUCGAGCCCCAGCAAGAUUUGCAGCAAACUGGUCACCAAGAAAACGGCACAGAUACAGCCAAAAGCAUCAUGAGCCUGUUGCAAACCUCGCAUCCCGAGUUCAACAUGCUUGAUAUCUACUCAGAUAUUGAAAAUCUCUUCAAUGCGAUAAUGGAGGCUGUGCAGCACAGCAGCGCGAUUCCUCUUCCCCUCCCGGACAACAAGCCCGAAUUCAACCCUGAUAAAGUCAAGGAUGAGAGAUCUGUCAACCGGCCAAGAGAUUCAUUUCCAAUCAUUGCGUUAAAGGCACUCGGCCUUGGCUUACAAUCCAUCCUCGAGAAUGGCGGCGUGAGCUUCUCUAUUGGUACAAUGUGCUCGGGUACUGAUGGUCCAAUCAUGGCACUUCAAGAGUUUGAAGACGCACUCGGAGCCUGUGGCCUCUCUGGUACGAUGAAAUUUGAGCACAAAUUCAGCGUCGAGAUUGAGCCCUUCAAGCAGGCAUUCAUUGACAGAAAUGUUCGCCCUACCGGAGAAAUAUUUCGCAAUGUUUACGAUCUUGGCAGGCCCGGAGCGGUCACAGCAAUGACUGCCUCGGGAUCGAUGGCGCCCAUACCUACAGAAGUGGACAUUCUCAUUGCAGGCAGUUCCUGUGUUGAUUUCUCGAGUCUGAAUACUCAGAAGCAGAAGAUCGCGGAACUAUCGGGGAUGAAGAAGAUCUUCAAAGCCGUCAUGAAGAACGACAGUGGACCUAUUGUUGCUCUUGAAGAUGACGAGUCAUUCCUUCGUGAUCUCAACUCAUUGACAGAGAAUCUCGACGCUGAGAGAGAGUCCACCAAAACCUUCAUAUCAAUUCUGCAGUAUGCCAGGCAGUACCGGCCCAAGAUUGUGAUUUUGGAAAACGUCAUGAGCGCUCCUUGGAAUGAGUUUAGAACUUUCUGGUUUUCCAAUAUCGGUUACCAUGCAGCCGUCACACCAGUGGACUCAAAGAACUUCCUUGUCCCACAGACACGUCAACGAAAGUAUCUCAUUGCCAUCGACGCCCGGUAUUAUGGACUUGAUGGAGCGGAGAGCAUUUCUGAAAAAUGGGUUGAGCUGAUGGGGCGAAGCAACUGGUUUCAAAACCCGCCCAGGUUAGACAGCUUCCUUUUGAAUCCUUCUGAUCGUCGGGUUUCCCAAGCCCGCUUCCAAAUGGAGCGCACCGUAUCCACCAAGAACAAGAAGGAAGUAGAGGCUACGAAUUGUAGGAUGGAUCAUCUUUCAGCUCGCCGGAACGAGGGUCUCGGCGGGAGUCACCCGUACACGCAGAUGGACGACUACGGCAAUGUCCAACCUCGCGAGGACUGUUGGACGGGGUACGUAGGCAAGGGCACCACGCCUCGGAUGCAGGACUUGAUGGACAUUUCUUCUCUCCGAGCAGCGAAGAAGAGCCAAGAUUUCAGCUACAAACCAAUCAUUCUCGAUCUUGGUCAGAACGUCGACCGGCAAAACCGGAAACAAGGCACAGCGCCCUGCGUUCUACCGUUUGCAGAGCUAUUCCUUUCCAGCGCCGGACGGCCCAUCCUUGGUUUGGAGUGUAUGUCGUUGCAAGGUAUUCCGAUUGACCGUAUCAAGCCUUUUGUGGACAAGGAAAGUCAACUCAGAGACCUGGCUGGGAAUGCUAUGACGACUACAGUGGUAGGUGCAACGAUUUUAUGUGCUCUUAUUGCAGAGCGGCAGCACACUGUCGUGGUAGACCCCGACGACCUUUUCGGAACCGGCCUGCCUAAGGCCAAUCACGUGGUCGCCGGUGAACGCCGACGUUAUAAUUCUUCUCAGGCAGGUAUGGAUGUGGAUAUGGAAGGCACCGCCCACCUCACUGAGCAAGUGAACCGGCAGACUUUUUCCCCUUCUUCAACUGCGGAAGACACAACCUUCAACCUCAACAACCUCCACACCAAUCUUCCUGGCCAUUGCAACAAGGGAAAAAACCCAGCUUCUGAAUUUUUCCUCAAUACUCAGGAAGUUGAGGUGAAGAUGGAGGCGCCGGAAUGGGAGGUCGCGGAAGUCCAUAUGGAUGAUUCCAUGACGCCUGUUUGGAAGCUUCGCAUGCUUUGCCAGGAGGGCCGCCGAUACUGCCUCUGUGAUGAUUACCGCAAGCAUCAGAAAUCUGGCAAGUACUAUCGUUGCGAUUUCUGUGAUGAGGUUCGUUGCACUUCCUGUGCUGGCAACCCAAAGCAUCAUUUCGACAAGGAUCACCCUGUCAAUACUACUCUUUCAACCGACAGAAACACCGCUUACCAGGCUGCUAUUGCCUUGUUCCCUGCCAAGAUCAUUCUCAAUCUUGCGAGUUCUGAUGAUAGCCUUUUCGAGGAAAUCGAUGAGAAGGGACUUGGUAGCCAUAGUGACGCGCUGGAGACGGCUAUCCGGACCUGCACCGGUGGCGUUCACUACUACCAAACUGACCUUGAGUUUCGCGACGACCUCACCGUCACCUACGAGUCUGAAAAGUCUCGAAUCAUUAUCGUUGCAACUCCCGAGUCUGUUACCUGGAGUGUCUACUUGCGAAACUUGUUCUUGCAGCAUGACAUCAAGCUUCAGCUUCGUCAAGAACCACUUGAAAACGAUGUUGGCAGCUUCUCCCAAACCAUCACUGAAGUCCAGGGAUUUCCCAGCUUGAAGACCGACGUUGCCCCAAACCUUGAGGGUGUUUUCAAAUUCACCAAUAAGUGCGCAACACCUGGAGGCUUGCUCUACGUUCGCAAUGACGACCCGUCCCACCGUGUUUACCAUAUUCAACACGUUGAACCACUACCCGUCACCACUCAUGAUCGAUGGGUAGUGACAGACAACCCCCGCAAGCUUGAAACCGACCAAACACGCAACAUAAUGUUGUCUUUCGACCAAGACUACGUUCACUUCUGCCGUUACAUGGACGAGGUUGAACAUCCUUCAGCUCGAGAGAUAUUGGCAACUUUGCCUGGCGUGUGGAUGCGCUUGCAGCCUAGCUUCCACAUUCACACCAUCGGAAGAGAUACUUCUAAUGCGAUACAGCUAAGGAAUUUGGAUUCGCAAGAAAUUCAUGGAGGUAGCUGUGAGUCCACCAAAGUCUCAAUUAAAUUGAGACUUAAUGUCGUCGACAUGCACUUUCCAGUUCCAUCCCUCUCGGCACACUGGACCCCUAACCAAAACUCUUGCCCUAAAGGACAUUUGACCAAGGACGAAGAACCCUGGGUCACCGUUCCAGAUCAUCACGUCAAGGACGCUUUGGGUCAAGUUGCGUUUGCUAUGAACAGGAUCGACGGUAACAGCAGCCGACUUCAUAUUCAAGACAUUACUCUGGAUGGCGAAAAGAAGUGUGUUUCCUGCGCGUUGCCACAGCCACAAAUUUGUCAUGUUUGGCACGACGAUGGCUCGCUUGAAAGAAUUGAGGAUUCACAGGUGGCUACCCAAAUCGUCCGGAACCACCACAGCCGUGAGUUUCCCUUCAAGGUCGAGGCUUGGCUCAACCGCGGCUAUGGUGGGGACCCUGGUUUCCUUCUCUUGAGCAUGCAGAUUUCUCUGAACCCGCUGGCACUUGUUCAUCGCGCAUUCAGCUACAUCCCACAGAAUGCGAACGCAUUGUCUAAUAUCGCCAAGUUAAGACAUGGCAAGGGAAGUUUCAAAGUGCAAUUCAACUUCUCGGACCCAAGCCUCAAAGAGCUGGCUCCUUACCGUGAAAGUCUGCGGUCUACGGCUGGUGACGACACCUUUACUAUUCAACAGCCACCCAGCUUUCUUAAAAAUGGCAUGACUUUGCGAGAUGACCAGUUGGCAGCUGUGGAAUGGAUGCUCAAGCGCGAGAACAGCGAGAAAGCGUUCAUUGAAAAGGAAAUCGAGGAGUGUGUUUUGCCGUCCGUCAACGUACGUAUGUAUGGCGCCGCCGAGAUCAUGAACCGUUCUCGAGGAGGUGUCUUGGCCCACGACAUUGGUUACGGAAAAACUGUGGUGACUCUCGGCCUUAUCGAUUUAUCGCCCAAGGGCCCCCAGUCGCAAACUGGUUCGAUCCAGGAGCACCAGUAUCACAAGAUUCCAGGAAAUGGGUUGAUCUGCAUCGAUGCCACGCUGAUUGUGGUCCCUCCACAUAUUGUGUCCCAAUGGGUCGAGGAGAUCAGAAGAUUCCUAGGAUCUAACUGGAAGGUCCAUGUGAUCCGCAAACAUACUGACAUUGAUCGCGAGAAGAUGUCUAAAGCAGACAUCAUUGUUGCAAGCACCUCGAUCCAAUCCUCUGAUAAAGUAUUGGACAAGAUGGCCGCCAUGUCCAUGCUUCCAUCUAUUCAUCAGACGAAGUCGGCUCUCAAGGGUCGAGACUUUCAAGAUUGGUACUUGGACGUCUUGAAAGCAUUGGGCGAGUCUGGAUUCGACUUUGCCAAUCCCAACAUGAUGAAUGGAUCUCAGCUAGAGGAGCGGCUGGCGAAUCUCCGUAUCGACUCUAAAAGCCAGGCUCAACAGGCAUCGUCUGGUAAUGUUGGGCCCAGCUCCCGAAAAGGUCAGCUCACAGCCAAGGCACUUACGAAGGCGGCCGCAAAGAAAUCAUCAAAGAACGGCAAUGGCUCUAAGACCCUUGACAUACUCGAUAUUUUCAAGAAAGGUCAGCUAUUGGAGAUGUACGCAUUUGGGCGAGUCGUACUUGAUGAGUUCUCAUACGAGAAUCCUCAGGUCGCUCUCUUCAUUCAGCACGUCAAUGCACAAGCAAAAUUCAUACUUUCGGGCACACCUCCGAUGAGUAAGCUCGCGGACCUUUGCGACACAAGCAGUUUGAUCAAUACGCAUGUUGCGCGUUUUACGCCGACACCAGGGUACUUCCCGUAUAUCACGACUGGGCCCCGGGUGACGGAACAGACUGCUGGCGAAGAGUUCCUUAGCUACCGUGACCCUUCGUCUGCGCAGCUCGCAACUGAACGGCAUGAACAGGGCCAGAAAUUCAUUGAACACUUCUUUCGUAAAAACUCAACGAAUUCUAGCCAUGUCAAAGUUGAUGAGUACGUCGUCUUUGCCCCGAUGAGCCACCAUGAUGCUCUCAUCUACAACCUUAUGCAACAAGUGCUAUACGGUGCGAAGUGGGACGUGAAUGAGAUACCCAGCUAUCUUAAACACCUGGCUCGCCACAUACUUGACCGCGAAAAAGCUGGGAGCAUCGGCUCCAGGGUGAGGGGGGCAGGAAAGUCGACUUAUUCGGAAGCGAUUGACGUUUUACUACUGUUGUCCUCGGUCUCGACUUCGUACAGUCGAAGCGCCCUUCAUGCCAUGGGCUGGGUCAAAGAAGGACAGAAGCUUACGAUGGACACCAUCAUGAAAAAUGCGAAGGGCACAGCACUUUCCUACCUGAACCAAUGCUGCGAAAUAUUGUCAUCACAGAUGGACUUGAUGAUGUACCUGGCUGAUGCCAUCAAGCAGGACAAGUCUGAGCGAAGCAACACUCGCAAGGCCAAAGAAGAUUCCUACAUGGCACACAUGGAGGAUAUUCUCACGAUUUUCAAGAAGGGCAGCAAUAGCACAGCCUUUGGCGACCAGGACUGCCUGUUCUACGUCAAAGAGACCAUCAUCCACAAGCACCACAUCAAUGGCCCAGGCUUCUGUUACCGACGACCACCCGCAAACAAGCUGUGGCACUACAGCACUUGGAAGAGAAACAAGGGUGGGCCUGGAAGAUAUAACCGUGCCAAUUGGUGGCUUUUGGAACCUGGUGAAGACUUGCCCGAUGACGAAAUGCAGGAUCUUCGGCAUCAUCUGCCGGAUGAUGUUGACCUCGACAAGGAAGAGUUGAUUGUCAAGAUUCGUGAAAGGCAGGAAGUCGAGGGUAUUCAGAUGAUGAAUCGUCCCAUUGGGCUCAAGCUAGAUUCAUCCGACAAGGACAUUUCAGUCCGCCUUGCCAAGCACUUGAGCGGCAAGUCGACGAAGGAUGACUUCGAGUUUGGGAUCCAGCUUCCAUCCAAGCGCCCCAAGGUUGGCGAGAACACGUCUCCUCGAGGUCAAAGCAUAGACGCAACUCUCAACUACUUUAUGCUGGUGAUUCAAAGCAUUCAAGCUGGCAUCAAGAUCACGACAGAAGCGUGGCGACGGAACACGUUCGCAACAAAGGCCGCCAUCCUAGUAUCGGGCCAGCUUGGCGAUCACAGGGACUACGCUACGAGGUGCGAUCAGUGCCACUGCUUGGAUAAAACCUCCGGAUCCUUGUCGGUAGCGUGUGGGCAUACACUCUGCAAGAAAUGUUGUGAUGAUUUCAACCACAGCGACGAGCAAAUGUGCCCGGCAGAGUGCACCUCCACAUCUCGAGGCACUUUUCUUCCGUGGACUAGUUUCGUGGACCCAACCUACGGCAAUUUACACGAAGAUUUGGCAGAGUUUCCUAGCCUAAAGGUCGAGUGUAUCCAUGAUACCAUUGUCGAUGAGGUCGAGCCUGGAGAGAAAGUCCUAAUCUUUGCGGCCCACAAGGGUAUUAAAGAGGAGGUCUACAAUUUCUUGAAGGCCGAAAACCAGACAGGCCCUCUUGGUGUCUACAUGACUGAUGGAGGUCAUGAUGACUCGGAAAGCAUCGAAAACUUCAAGAAGCAUGAGGGCAGCGCAGUGCUCAUCCAGAGCCUCAUGUCCUCGGAGUCUGCUGGAACGAAUUUGACUCAGGCGAGCCAUCUCAUGUUUGCCGGCACCCUCUGCACCGACUCGGAGAAUUACGAAAUGUACAUGCAACAAGCCAAGGGGAGAGUUGUUCGGCAGGGACAGGAGCGACCGGUACGUAUAUAUCACUUUGUAUCACCGGCUACGAUGGAGUUCGACGUCAUGAACAAGAGAUUGAAAGGAAAGCUCCGCAACUGGGGCCAGCCGGGCGAGUUUGUCCCGCUGCCGAUUCCCGACGAUGCUCCAGCCGACCUUGACUAUCCUCGGAAGUUUCGACCAUUCCUAGAUCUGGCCCAGUCACGAAAGCUUCUUCGUUCAAUCGAAGUCGGUGAGUUUGAGGACAAAUAA